AUGAAAAAUUCAAUUCUGCGAUUUGCGUAUUGGACAAUUGUAACGCUAGCUAGCGACCGGAGCGAUAGGUGUCGUUUGUUCAAAGCAGCGAGGGCGGGCGCGCGGUCGUCUCAAGAUCAAGGUCGCGUGGCAGACGCGCGGCAAGGUCACCUGUCCCCGCCGCCCCGCGCCGCGCCCCGCUCGCGCGCAAAUAUUUGCGACCGUCUGUCCUCCGCGACCGAUAUGCCGAGGUCGGUCCGUCAAAUAGACCUUGAAGUAAUAUUAUCCGACCUCUCCUGCAUGAAAGACGAACUGAUA